AAUAAUAAUAAUAAUAAUAAUAAUAAUAAUAAUAAUAAUAAUAAUAAUAAUAAUAAUAAUAAUAAUAAUAAUAAUAAUAAUAAUAAUAAUAAUAAUAAUAAUAAUAAUAAUAAUAAUAAUAAUAAUAAUAAUAAUAAUAAUAAUAAUAAUAAUAAUAAUAAUAAUAAUAAUAAUAAUAAUAAUAAUAAUAAUAAUAAUAAUAAUAAUAAUAAUAAUAAUAAUAAUAAUAAUAAUAAUAAUAAUAAUAAUAAUAAUAAUAAUAAUAAUAAUAAUAAUAAUAAUAAUAAUAAUAAUAAUAAUAAUAAUAAUAAUAAUAAUAAUAAUAAUAAUAAUAAUAAUAAUAAUAAUAAUAAUAAUAAUAAUAAUAAUAAUAAUAAUAAUAAUAAUAAUAAUAAUAAUAAUAAUAAUAAUAAUAAUAAUAAUAAUAAUAAUAAUAAUAAUAAUAAUAAUAAUAAUAAUAAUAAUAAUAAUAAUAAUAAUAAUAAUAAUAAUAAUAAUAAUAAUAAUAAUAAUAAUAAUAAUAAUAAUAAUAAUAAUAAUAAUAAUAAUAAUAAUAAUAAUAAUAAUAAUAAUAAUAAUAAUAAUAAUAAUAAUAAUAAUAAUAAUAAUAAUAAUAAUAAUAAUAAUAAUAAUAAUAAUAAUAAUAAUAAUAAUAAUAAUAAUAAUAAUAAUAAUAAUAAUAAUAAUAAUAAUAAUAAUAAUAAUAAUAAUAAUAAUAAUAAUAAUAAUAAUAAUAAUAAUAAUAAUAAUAAUAAUAAUAAUAAUAAUAAUAAUAAUAAUAAUAAUAAUAAUAAUAAUAAUAAUAAU